AUGAAAAAAGCUAUCAUGCUAAUCUCGAUCUGCUUCCUUGCUUUGUAUGCCUUUGAAACUAAGGCUUUGGAGAAGGAUGAAGUUGACAUUACAAAACUUAAUGCCCUAUUUGGUACAAACUAUUAAGGAUAGAUGUAGGAUUAUUGAAUAUAUUUUAGAUAUUCCGGUUAUCUUAGUGCAAAUGAUGAUGGAUCAGUCUAGUUUCAUUACCUUUUUUAUCCAGCUAUAGAUUCUGCCUCUGAAAAGCCUUUGAUACUAUGGUUACUUGGAGGGCCAGGAUGUUCAUCAAUGAUUGCAGCAUUUACAGAAAGUGGUCCUUACACAUUCAUUUCAGAGUCUAUUGAAUUUGAAGAGAAUCCUCAUACUUGGACAGCAUUUGUAAGAUACUUAUCUUAUCAAUUAGGCUAACCUGCUUUACAUUGAAUCUCCAAUAUCGGUUGGAUAUUCUUAUGGCCCAGCUGGACCAUAAUCUGAUGAGUCAACCGCUGCAUACAAUAUGCAUGCAUUGAUUGAGUUUUUCGUUAGACAUCCAAAUUUCAAAAAUCAAAAAUUCUAUAUUGGUGGUGAAUCCUAUGCUGGCAUCUAUGUGCCAACCUUAACCCAGGAGAUUAUAAAAUAUAAUUAAUAACCUGUUAAUCCUGAAGUCUUAAGAAUAAACAUUUAAGGUAUAAUAAUUGGAAAUGGUUGCACUGAUCCUAGCGAGUGUACUUAUUUAGGAUAUCUAUUUCCAAGACAUAGAUUAGACUUUUAUGGAAGACACGGCUUUAUUAGUGAAGAAACCUAUGAAAAAAUAAUUAAUCACACAGAAGAAUGUUACGGAUCUGCUGCACCACAAUGCUAAGCCAUAGCUUAUGAAGCUUUGGCUUAAAUUGCUGGACCUUAAUAUUCCUAUAAUUUGAACUAAUACAAUGUUUAUUCCAAAUGCAUUACUUACACUCCCGAAGGAAGUAAAAGAAUGAAAAGUCCACUUAGAGUUUCAGAUGAAGAGAAAGAGGACUCUGAUGUACCUCCAUGUGUGGAUGUUAAAGGCCUGUAUCAUUGGUUUUAGAUGGAUGAAGUUCGAACUGUAAUCAGUUUUCAUAAUCAUUCUAGUUACUUAAUAUAGACUAAAAAUCACCAAAAUGGGUUGCUUGCUCGUUAAAUUUCUAAGAUUAUCAAAUAAACCCAAAUGGAUCUUUAGACAUUUACCCUACUAUCAUCAAAAAUAAUAUCAGAGUUCUUAUUCUAAGUGGAGAUGUAGAUGGAGUGGUCCCAAUUGCUGGUACUCUUUUUUGGAUAGAUAAACUUCAAAAUUCAUUAUGUAAUGCAAUUUUAUUAAUGAUAGAAUUAAAUACAAUAAAACCAUGGAGACCUUGGUAUGUCCCUGCAUGGAGAGAAGCUGAUAAAGAUUAAAAUGCAGGAAAUGUGUUUGACAUUGAAGGUUUGACCUUUGUAAGCUUCAGAAAUGCAGGUCAUGAAGUACCUGCUGAUCAUAGAAUGGAAUCUAAGAUAGUCUUAGAGAAAUUCUUAAGAUAGGAAUAUUUAUGAGAUUUAAAUUAUUAUUUUAUAUUCUUAUUAAUUUAUA